AUGGAGGAAGGCACAAAGACCAAGAAGACCAUCUUUGUGAGCGGCAUUGGAGACGAAGUCGACGAGGGGGUUUUGGUGGAGAACUUUUCGGCAUUUGGGGACGUUAUAGAGGUUCAAAUACCUCCUGCGCCCACAAAUCCAUCACAACCCAAUGAGGUGAAGCACCGUGGUUUUGCUUUUGUGACGUUUGCCUCUCCCGCAGACGCACAGGAUGCUAUUGAUAACAUGGACUUGAACGAACUCAACGGCCGUGUACUCAAAGUCAACAUUGCCCGCCAGCUUAAGGCUCCUACAGAAGGUCUCGGAAACAGAGCUAUCUGGGAGUCGGAAGAAUGGCUCAAGACAUUCGCGAAACCGUUGGACAAAAGUGGAGGUGCUGCCCUGCGCGCGAAAACCAGGGAAGGGGCCGAGUCGACUGGUGAUCAGAAUGAGGAUGAGGAAGACAACGCAAUGGUAGAAUGA